AUGGAUAUCUUAAAAGAUGGUGUGAUUCAAAAGAUCAGAAAUCUUUCAAAGAAGGUUAGAGACAUCCUGGUUAAGGAAGCUGAAGAACGGUUCAGAGAUGCAGAAGCUCAAAAUACUACUGAGCGUGAAGCUGCUCAGAAAGCAGCUGAAGAAGAAGUAGCUCAGAAAGUUGCAGCUGAGACAACAGUAGAGGAUGCUGCUAAGGCUCUAGCUAAAAAGAACAUUAAAGUUGUAGCUUCUCCACCACAGCCACAGGAGCCAGCUGGGUAUCCUGGAGGACCUUCCGAUUUAUCAUUGUUUGUUCGAUAUGAGCACCACGGUGCUCGACAUCUAUGGUUUGGGGAGGAAAGAGGUCCCAAAAAGGAACUAAAAGUUGCAGGUCACGGGUCGAAGCUGAAGGAGAGGAUUCCUCAUAUGCUCCCACCUGAGAUAGAGGCAGUGGUGUCUAGUUCAAGUCUCAGUUGUCUCCAGUUUACUAGCCUGACCAAGAUAGACGUAAAUCUUGUGUUAGCAUUUGUGGAGCGGUGGAAUAUAGAGACAUCGUCAUUUCAAAUGCCAUUUGGUGAGAUGACGAUUACACUUGAUGAUGUUGCCGCUCUACUUCACUUGCCUAUUGGAGGUUUGUUUUGGCAUCCGGAGGAGCAUGUCACUGAGGACAUGGCGGUUGAGCUUGGCAUCCAGUACUUGGGUGUGGAGAGAGGUCAUAUGGCUCGACAUGUGCGUCAGUGCAGGGGAGCUUACUAUUCAUUACAGUGGUUAUAUGAUACAUUUGUUGAGCAUCGAGCUGCUAGUAGAGACUUAGAGAGACUUAGUGCUUAUAGCUGGGCCUCUGCUGCAUUAGUCACUCUCUAUCGUCAUCUUGGAGAUGCAUCUAUGUUUAGUUGCAAGCAGUUAGGUGGUUAUCCUACUCUUCUACAGUGUUGGAUUCAUGAGUACUUUCCCACACUUGGAAGGAAAGGAGAGAACUGGCACCCAGCUGAUAAUCAAGGGCUUCCUCGGGCGAUGAGAUGGUCGUACAGGCAAGGGGCCAUGAAGGUGGAUGAGCUUAGACCAGUUCUGGACCAAUUGACACCUACUGACGUCGUAUGGAGACCAUUCGAGGAUCACAAACGUCAUCGUGCUUUUGACGAGCUAUCUAUGUACAGAGAUUUUCUUGUUUGGGGUGACUUACAUGUACCAUACUUGCCUAACAGGUGUUUACGUCAGUUUGGUUAUCGUCAGUAUAUUCCGCCUUCACCUCCUGCUGAUACACCGAGCUCUGAUGACAUUGCUGUUGAGUGGAUUGGAUAUGACCAGAGCGUGGCGAAUGUGAUUAGAGACACCGCAACAGUCAGAUUUCCCUUUGACACCGCAACAUACUUAUAA